AUGAAGCAGGAUCAUCCUCCCGAUGAAAACUUCAUUUACCUGGCGCCUCUCACAGUAAAAGCUUACAACCUCAAGAGGAAGAAAUGGGUGGACCUGCGGCUUGACGGACUUCGGGACGUUUUAUGGAAUACACAAGCGUUUGAGAGCCUUGUUAUCAAGGAAAAAACAAAGCGUUUGAUUCAGGCUCUCAUUAGCAACCAGAUCGAAGCAGAGAGAUCUACAGAUCUAAUCAGUGGAAAAGGAAACGGCCUAAUCAUGUUGCUCCAUGGAGGACCAGGUACAGGCAAAACUCUGACUGCGGAGAGCGUGGCCGAAAUCGCCAAGAAGCCACUAUAUCCAGUCACAUGUGGGGAUAUUGGAACAAAACCAGAAGAUGUCGAGAACUAUCUCGAGUCCGUCCUUCAUCUCGGAAAGACCUGGGGGUGCGUAGUCUUGCUCGAUGAAGCGGAUGUCUUCUUAGAGCAACGCAGUUUGGAAGAUCUCCGCCGAAAUGCGCUGGUAUCGGUCUUUUUAAGAGUCCUCGAAUACUACGAGGGAAUCUUGAUCUUGACAAGCAACCGGGUUGGGACCUUUGACGAAGCAUUCAAGUCGCGCAUUCAGUUGGCAGUCCACUACAGUAGCCUGUCGACACACCAAAGAACCAAGAUUUGGGGCAACUUUUUAAAACGCCUGAAAGAGCUGAAUGAGGAGGGCAUUGAUUUUCUGGACUUGGAGGAUAAUAUUGAGCAACUAGCCAGCAGAGAGAUGAACGGGAGGGAGAUUCGAAAUGCCAUUACGACGGCGAGACAAUACGCUAGGUGGGAGCGGCAGCAGGAUCGAGAUUUUAAGCUGAACUAUAAAGUGAUGAAGGAAGUGAUUGAAACGGCGGGAGAAUUUGACGAGUAUAUCAAUACUUUGAAUGGUGGAUUGACGCAGGAGCAGUUGGCAAAGGAAGACGGAAUACGCUAG